AUGCUGUCCGAUAUGCCCCCCGGAAGACCGGGAAAUCUCACUCCAGACCAGGAAGAGAAGCUUCGCAAGCUAUGGAAUCUGAUCUUGUCCCUGGGUGAAGACAACGCAACAGCAGACAGCGCGGCUGCAAGCACAGCCCCGAGUGAGACUUCUCCCAGCAAGAGCGAGAAGCCCAAGAAGAAGCGCGUCUCACUCUUUAACCGAAAGGACAAGAAGGAAGAGGGUUCGAGCUCCUCGGCAAACGUUAGCAUCAAAGAUGACGGCGAAGACAAGUACGGCCAGACCAAGCAAUUCCUUGAGGCACUGGCCAGCCAGAGCCCUGAAGCUUUGCGAGCUACGAUAUGGGCCAUGGUCAAGCACGACCAUCCUGAUGCCCUAGCUCUCCGGUUCCUGCGGGCGCGAAAGUGGGAUGUUGACAAGGCAUUCGUCAUGAUGAUUUCGACCAUGAACUGGAGAUUGGCCGAGAUGAAGGUUGAUGACGAAAUCAUGAAGUCCGGUGAGGAGGGCGCGCUAGAGGCUUCAAGGAGCGCGGAUGCGAACACGAAGAAGCUGGGACAGGAUUUUAUGGCUCAGGCCCGGUCAGGAAAGACAUUCAUUCAUGGCGUCGACAAAACAGGACGGCCAAUUUGCAUGGUCAGAGUUCGCUUGCACCGACAAGGCGAGCAGUGCGAGGAGAGUCUGGAGAAGUACACCGUGUUCUUGAUCGAGACCUGCCGGAUGGUUCUGGCUCCUCCCAUCGAUACUGCGACCAUCGUCUUCGACAUGACAGGCUUCUCGAUGGCAAACAUGGAUUACACGCCAGUCAAAUUCAUGAUCAAGUGCUUCGAAGCCAACUACCCCGAGUCCCUUGGCGCCGUUCUAGUACACCGUGCUCCAUGGGUCUUCCAAGGUAUCUGGAAAAUCAUCAAGGGCUGGCUCGACCCCGUGGUAGCAAGCAAGGUUCAUUUUACGAACAACGUCAAGGAGAUGGAAGAAUUCAUUCCCACGAGUCACAUCCUCAAGGAACUCGACGGCCCAGAGGAUUGGAACUACAAGUAUGUUGAGCCGGUCGCGGGAGAGAACGACCAGAUGAAGGAUACCACCACACGAGACGCGCUUCUGAGCGGGAGAGAGGAGCUCAUUUCACAGUAUGAGGAUGCUACCCUGCAAUGGAUCAAAGAGGCUGGAACGGACAAAGAGUCGGCAAUCAAGGCUCAAAGAGAAGAGCUCGCUCAGAAGCUGAGAGAUGACUACUGGAAGCUGGACCCUUACAUUCGCGCCAAGUGCGUCCUGGACCGUACCGGCGUAAUCAAAGAGGGCGGGAAGAUCGAAUUUUACCCAAAGACGACGGCGGAGCCAACAAAUGGCGCCAAGGUCGACACCUCGGCCGACGACGUAGACUAG